UGCCUUUCUCACACAGCCUUGCUUCUCUCUCUACUCCCUCUCUCUCACACAUAUGUUAUUAUUAUUAUUAUCAUCAUCAUUAACCUUCGGCUUGAAGAGUCAAAUCUCGAUCAUUGAAACAUUGAAGGACCUGAAAUUGCAGAGAAGAUCAGCAGAAGAAAGUUUUCUGAUGAAAGAUGACGAAGUUGUACUGCAAGAAAUACAAUGACUACAUGCAAAGCCAGCAGGAGAAGAAGCUUCCUGAAGUUGAUAUCAAUAAGCUCAAGACUAUCUUGAAAACAUGUCGCAGAGAUUGUCCUUGCCGGAAAGGCAUCACCGGAGGAGGAGGAGGAGAAGAAGAAGAAGCCCUUGCAGUCCCAAAGUGCACCGAUCGUUGCCCAGUGUGUGAUGGAAGCUCCUUCUUUCCUUCUCUUCUCAAUGGGAUGAGUGAAGUAGUGGCUUACUUUAACGAUCGAGCCCGGAAAUUGAUUGAGCUUCAUCGUGCUUCUAGCUUCAAGAAGUACUUUCUAUCCUUCAAAACCAAAUUAUGUGGACAACAACAUAUUGACCACAUUCAAGAAGGCAAAGAUCUUGUUACUUACGCCCUAAUCACUUCCACUGUAAUUCACAAGAUACUCGAAAAAUACGAUAAGAUUCAUUAUUCGAAGCAAGGGCAAUUAUUCAAGUCAAGAGCCCAGAGUAUGCACGUGGAAAUUCUUCGGAGUCCCUGGCUUUUAGAACUCAUGGCCUUCCACAUCAAUUUAAGGGAAGCCAAGAGCGAAUCAAUGAACAAGGAAUCUAAUAAUUCCUUUGAUGGAUACUACCUUACAUUUAAGGAUAAUAAACCAUCGCUUACUUUUGAGCACUUUGAUUCCACCAAACUUGAUAUUGAAUUGACUUGUUCUAUAUGCUUGGACACUGUUUUUGAUCCGGUUUGUCUAACUUGUGGCCAUAUCUUCUGCUACACGUGCGCUUGUUCAUCUGCAUCAGUAGCUAUUGUUGAUGGGCUCAAGGCAUCGAACUCUGCAGCAAAGUGUCCCCUAUGCCGGGUGGGAGGAGUUUAUCAAGGUGCUAUACGCUUGGAAGAACUGAAUAUCUUGUUAGGCAGAAGGCCCAACUGAAGACAACUCUUCUAAAGAUGCUUUCUACAUUUCUACAAACUCGAACUCAAGAUCUCGUGCUUAAGCAAUUAUAGAUCAUUCCGCUAGAAGCAAUCUUUGUUAAUGUUUUUAUAGACAUUUUAUUCAUACUUGGCUUGCUUUAAAAUUAUGCGUUUUUAGAAUACUUAUCAUUUUUAGUUUUAAUGAGUUGAUUUAUUGAUUACACAUGUAAAUAAUUAUAUGAUCAAUUACA